AUGCGCUGGAUCCAGUCACUGCUCUGGCUUUCUGCACUAACAGUGGCCCAGUCCACCGAGGGUAUCUCCAGUCUUGUUAAACGGCGACUACCAGAUCAUGUUAACAGCUUUCAUUUUGCCUUGGAUCCUAAUCUCGCGGGAGACUAUGAUUCAUAUGUUGUGGCUAAUGCUCUAAAUGGGACGAUUUCGGUCAAGGGGACCUCCCUGAGCGCGUUAGCUUCUGGCUUGCAUCGAUAUCUCAGUGAUGUCGCCCAUGUUGACAUUUAUUGGUUUAUUGGCAGUCGAUUAGAUGUCGCACCAUCCAAGCUACCUCGCCUAACCAAGCCAAUUCACGGCUCCAGCACAGUCCCUUGGCGGUAUCAUUUCAACACAGUAACCUUCUCCUACACCACUGCCUUCUGGACAUGGGAGGAUUGGGAGUCACAGCUAGAUUGGAUGGCCCUACGCGGUGUGAAUCUACCCCUUGCUUGGGUUGGCCAAGAGAAAAUUGUUCUAGAGGUUUUUCGUGAAAUCGGCCUUAGGGAUGCCGAGAUUACUAGUUUCUUCAGUGGCCCAGCCUUCCAGGCCUGGAAUCGGUUUGGUAAUAUCCAGGGCUCCUGGCACGUUGGGCUUCCCGAGAUAUGGAUCGACCAACAAUUUGACCUGCAGAAAAAGAUCAUUCAUCGCAUGGUAGAACUGGGGAUGACGCCUGUGUUGCCAUCCUUCACUGGAUUUGUUCCUGCUAAUGUAUCUCGUGUUUUGCCAAAUGCCAAUGUGGUCCGCGGGUCUCAAUGGGGCGGCUUCCCCCUUAAAUACACAAGUGACACAUUUCUUGAGCCAUUCGACGACCAUUUUGCAAAGCUCCAAGCCAGUUUCAUCAGCAAGCAACAGGAUGCUUACGGUAACAUCAGUCACAUCUACACCCUCGAUCAGUACAAUGAGAUCGACCCUUACUCAGGUGACGCGGACUAUUUGCGUAAUGUCACUCGCAACACCUGGCGCAGCUUAAAACAGGCUGACCCUGAUGCGGUAUGGAUGAUGCAAGGCUGGCUUUUCUAUUCCAACUCUGGAUUUUGGACUGAUGAGCGAGUGGAAGCUUAUCUGUCUGGUAUAGACUCAAAUGAGGAUAUGCUGAUCUUGGAUCUUUACUCAGAGUCUAUUCCAGAGUGGCGUCGAACGAACAGUUAUUAUGGAAAACCUUGGAUUUGGUGCCAGUUACACAACUUUGGAGGCACCAUGGGCCUAUAUGGACAGAUCCAAAACCUGACCCAAGAUGCUACCGAAGCACGAAUUGAGUCUCCAUCUAUGGUCGGAUAUGGCCUCAGCAUGGAAAGUCAAGAGGGAAACGAGAUUGUGUAUGACUUGCUUCUAGAUCAGGCGUGGUCUCAGACCCCAGUGAAUACACAGCAGUACUUUCACAAUUGGGUGGCGAGCCGAUAUUCUGGCCAAAAACGCAUCCCGAAUGGGCUAUACAUAGCCUGGGACUUGAUGAGACAGACGGUGUAUAACAACACGAACAUGACAACUCUGGCUGUGGCAAAGUCCAUUAUUGAUCUUGAGCCCAAACGUUGGGAUUUGGUCGAGAUUGCCGGCACAUACGGCACAUCUAUCAACUACAAUCCAUCUAUACUGGUACGGGCGUGGCAGUGGAUGUACCAAGCAACAAAAGAAGAGCCCAGAUUAUGGUCCAACCCAGCUUAUCUACAUGAUAUGGUUGACGUGACUCGUCAAGUCAUGGAUAACGCUUUUAUUCCGUUGUACUCGGAUCUAAUUGAGUCCUACAACAACUCUGAUUCUACACAAGACAAAUUUGCGGAGCAGGGGGAGAAUCUCCUACAACUUUUGACAGACCUGGACUCCAUCCUUCUCACCAAUCGAAAUUUCCGACUUUCGACGUGGAUUGAUUCGGCACGGGCCUGGGCCAACGGUAACAAAACCGAGAGUGCAUUCUUAGAAUAUAAUGCGCGCAAUCAGAUUACUCUAUGGGGACCAAAUGGAGAGAUCUCUGGCUACGCUUCCAAGCAAUGGGGCGGGCUCGUUUAUACAUACUAUGUACCGCGCUGGCGUAUGUUCAUCGAGUACUUGAAGUCAACACCGACUGCAUCAUACAAUGCUACCGAAAUACACGCAAAGAUACGAAAUUUUGAGCUGCGGUGGCAAGAUGAAACCUGGUCUGUUCCCGAACCUACUGCGGAUAUGGUGGAUUUAGCCAAGGUAUUGGCAAGAGUCACUCACCAAUGGCCAUCUGUUUUUGCGCUUGAGUAG